AUGCGCGCGUCGGCCCGUGCGCGGCUCCACUCGGCUGCCGGUUCCCGCAAGCCGGCCCGCUCUCUCCCUCCACGCGCCCGCGCUGGCCGCCUUCCGCACUCAGCCGCGUCACGGUCGUUGCCCGCCCGCAACGCCCGGACCGGCCCAGGCAACCCCGUCAACGUGUCCGCGCAUCAGCGCGCUGCCUCGCCCUUCCGCGCGCCGUGGCCUGCUGCGUGGGCUGACCGCGCUGGCACCCUGGCCGCACCGACGGCGCGCCCGCUCCACGGCAGCUCUGCGCUGCGGCCGGCUUCGUAUGCCUCGGCGCCCGAGCUCUUCUCCGCCCGCACCCGGCCGUCUCGCUGGCUCCGUGCUCCCCAGCACCCGACCCCGACCGGCCCGGCCACCUCCCCGUUGCCGCGCGCUCGGGGCGCCCGUCGCCGCCCCCGCCGGUUCCCGCUCCACCAACUCGAGCUGCUCCUCCUCGCACGCGACCUAGCCCGCGUGCUCGAACACCCCGCCGACUGCAACUCAGCGCACUGCAUGCCGGACGGACGCACCUCCGCCUGCUCCUACGCGCGUGUCGCCGCCUGCUCCGCCCCGCGCGAGUCACUCACCCGCGACGGCUCGUCCCACUCCAGCUUCUCCCACGAGCCCGUGGCCGCCAUGCUCCGCUCCGCCGCCGUCGCACUGCAGCGUUUCGGCUGCCGGCUGCCCCAACCACCCGGCCGGCCCGCACCUCCGUCUCCACCAGGUCGGCCCGCGCCUGCGUCUCCGCCUGCUUUCCCGCGCCGACUCCGGGCCGCCUCCUUCGUGCCCGAGUGCAGCGGCCAGUUCUCCGCUGCUUCGUCCCGCCCCCGUCAGCGUGGGCGUGCGCCAUGCCGUCCGUGCCCGCGCCGCUUCGGGUCCCCCGCGCGUUGCUCCACCUCCGUGCCGCUGCUCUGCCUCGCUUCCGCGCCCGCACAACCCGAGCGGCAGCAGCCGGGUUCCUCCGCGCCGUGCCCGUCCUCUGCCCCGGGCUGCUCUGCGCCGAGCCGCCUCCGCUACUCGGCUCGGUGCCUGUCCCGCCUCGCGGACUCCUCCACAUGCGCGCCCCGUGGCCGGCAGUGCCGCGCCAGUCGGAGGCCGGCUGCGCCCCGCGCCGGCUCGCGCCUGCGACAGCCGCCUCCCACCUCGGCCGUGGCCUUCGCUGGCCGGCUGCCCAGAAGGCAGAGAAGGGGGCCGGCUAGAAGAGGCCGGCUGUUCAAAAAAAAAAGAGGCCGAUUGCUAUUGGCCGGCUGGAAAAAGAGUGAGCCAGCUGCUCACGUGCCCGUGUGCUGA